AUGCAUUUAUCGAGUGAAGUGAGUUCGACAACCAGUGGUUUGGGUCACGAGGCGCCAUCCUCUAGUUAUGGUAACGCACUGCCCAGUCAGCCCUUAACAGCUGAACUCCUGGCUGAGCGUACCCUUGAAGGGCUACUCGCUGAUCAUCCUGGUGAACUAGUUAAAACCGGUAGCCCACAUGUGGUAUGCACAGUACUGCCUCCACACUGGAGGUCAAAUAAAACCUUACCAGUGGCCUUUAAAGUGGUAGCUCUUGGAGAAAUAGGCGACGGUACACUCGUGACCGUCAGGGCUGGUAACGAUGAAAAUUGUUCAGCUGAAUUGAGAAAUUGUACAGCAGUUAUGAAGAAUCAGGUCGCAAAAUUUAAUGACCUGAGGUUUGUGGGCAGAAGUGGUAGAGGUAAAUCAUUCACGCUAACCAUAAUGUUGGCGACAUCACCACCACAGGUGGCUACUUAUCAGAAGGCUAUCAAGGUAACAGUGGAUGGACCUCGUGAGCCAAGGUCCAAGACUCGUCAUCACGGCUUUCAUCCAUUUCACUUCGGACCACGCUUCGCUCCCGACCCACUAAUGGGAUCUCUACCGUUUAAAUUAUCAGGUAUAGCUCAUCAACUGGCUGGUCUGCCGGGUGGUGAGUGGGGAGCUCUGUCUCGCCACUACCCACCACCACUUUUACCACCACAUCCCCACUUCACACCACACGUACUGCCAGCUCAUGCUCAGCACCAUAAUUUACCUCCACCAUCCCAUGAGACAGAUGUCAAUACGGACAAUCCGUCAACAAUGCACCCCCAUAGCACUACCAGUCCAAUAAAUUCUAGACCGAGUUCACCUCAGGAUGACGAUGAUAUAUCUGUGACAGCAUCAAUCAGCCCUCCACCAGACGACCGUCCAGGGGCUUUUACUUCAGUCACCAGAACAAGGAAACCCUUGCAACCACUACCAGCCCCGUCAAGUCUCUUCCACAGUGCGUUAGCAGCGCAAUUAUUCCUCAACUCACCACUGCUGCCCACUCCUCCCGCCUGGCUGUACUCUCAAAUAUACGGCAACUAUGAUUGGUGGUUGAGACCGCCUCCACCUCAAGAGGAUUCAAAUUCAAUUCCCGACCAAGAAGAAGCUGGAUCAACCGCGUCCAGUUCAGCAAAGAAAAGAGCUGCCUCCCCGGAAUGGUCGGAGAGCGUUCGAACUAGAAGCAAAUCAUUAACAACAUCGGAACGUCGCCCAAUAGACGUGUGGCGCCCAUAUUAA